CCCACAUAUGUUAAACCUCUAGCGGAAACUCACAAGAUAUGAAACAUUUCAGAAAUCUACGCCAUUGCCAUUACCAUGAUUUCAGUUUUAAGUCUCACCAUAGUAACCUAUUUUGAAAGAUAACUUGUUAGUGUUUUGUUAUCUAGGCUAUGAUAUAAUCCAUACUGGGUUAAGUUCAUUAUGGAAGAACAACUUGAAACAAAUAAUUUAUCAUCUGCAUCAGUUGAAAGUUUUUCCUCUUCCACCAGUGAAAGUUUGCAGCGAUCUGGAGAGAUUGUGAUUUGUCCAGAAGAUGAGAAAUCAUACUCUCUAUCAAAAAAAUUUAUAGAAGAAUUGGAAAAGAAGAAAGAGGAAGUUGAAACUUACAAUGAAAGAGAAAAAAAUUUAACUGUAGCAUCUAACAUCCUUUUUGAAAAAUCAGAAUCAAUAAAGGAUGUUAAGAAAAGGACUGGGGGAAAAAAUACUCAACAGAGAAGUCUUUUCUAUCCAUUUUGUCAUUUAGCAGUGAGAGUAGACAAUGCCCCUGUUCUGAAACCUCAUACAAGAGAAUUUGCAACAAAAAAUUUUAACAGCAGUCAUAUAACAUCUCCAUUUAAAUUGAUGAGAUUUAUUGGUUAUAAUCCAGAAGUGGUUGUUAAAAAUUUAACUAAGGCAUUAGAAUUUGCAAUUCUUCUGACUACUGGAAACUUGGUUUUAAUAUAUGAUUAUAAUAGUGAAACACAUCAUGAGCUUCAAGGUCAUAGAAAUCGAAUAGUUUCUACUUCUACUGAUGCCAAAGGGAACUGGAUAGCAUCCUCUGACAUAGGCCCUGAUAGCAGUGUUAUCAUUUGGGAUGCUAUAAGAUGUUUUCCAGUUCAUGUUAUAUGGGAGUUUAAUAAGACUGGAUGCCAUUUUGUGAAGCUAAGCCCAUGUGCUAAAUACCUUGUAACCAUUGUAAAAAAAAUAAAUAAACCAAAUAUCCUAAUGAUCAGCAUUUGGGAAUGGGUUCAUGGUGAAGAAUGUCCAGAUGUAUCAGUAGAAAUAAACACUGAUGAGUUUGGGUCUUUUAAAAAAGUUGAUUUUUGUUAUGAGAAGUGUGAAUUUCUGGUCGUGACAACUGAAAAACGUGUUAUUUUUUUAACAUUUGAGGAGGUUGAUUCUAAGAAGAUGUUAACAUUUCAUUACCCUACAGGCUUGCCACAAAAAAAUAGGAAACAAAUAGGAUUAUUUAAUGACAGUGUUUUUAUUAGAUACUCUCACAUGGCAAUUACUGGCACAACUACUGGCCAAGCAGUGAUUUGGAGUGAUAUGUCAUGGAACUUUUUUGACAAAGAACCAGUUAGGAAAGCAUGCAACAAAAAAAAUGCAUUUUUAAAUGUGCAACUGGACAGAUAUUCAAUAGAACAGAUAUUUUCCAUAGAUGAUCAAGUGGUUACAUUAAACUCUAAAGGAAUGAUAUUCUUUUAUAACCAAAGACUCUGUGUAUUGCAUGUAAUUAAGGCAUUAAGAGGUUGCAAUCCUGCAGUUAACAUCAGUUUCCAUUUAAAAAAGAGAAGUAUAGAAGGUUCUUCCUUAUUGGUUGGCGAAUCUUCAAAAAAUAAGAAAAAAAGGGCACGACGAGGACGAGAUCACACCACCUCCUACAUUAAAAAUAAUAAGAUAGAUGAUUUGGAAAAAUUACACAAGGAAAUAAAAUGUUGGAAAAAAAAAGAAGAGAUUUUUGAUACCCGAGAUUUUGUUGCAACCACAACUACUGGAGAUAUUGUAUAUGUGAAUUUCAGCCAUGACGCAGUUAAAUUUAUUCUAAGAAAUCAAUUAAAAGGAGUCACAUGUAUGGAUACCCAUCCUAAUCGUGAUAUUUUGUGUCUUGGAACUGAUUGUGGAAAAUUGCUCCAGUAUGAUUUUACUAAAAAAGAGGUAAUUAUGUGCAAAAAUUUACCUCUGGAAGAUGUUGUUGCUAAAGAAUUAGGUACAAUUACUGAAGAUGAUACAGAAAUAAAUUACAUUAUGGGCUAUGUCACAGACUUGAAGUAUGAACAAGGUGGCCAUCGUCUUGCUUGUGGAAUGAAAUCUGGGGAUGUGUGGCUUCUGAAUGAAACUGAUUUUAAUACAAUAGUGAGAAUACCAAGGACAACAUUUCCUAUAGUUAAGAUUGUAUUCUCUAGAAUGAAUGAAUAUUUUGCAUACUAUGAUACCUAUGCUCAUCUUAUAUUAAUGAAUAAUAAAAAUGAUCUACCAGAUUACAUUGGAAAAAUUAGACCGCAUUCAAAACCUAUUGCUGACAUUGCUUUUUCAUCAAAAGAUGAUGUAUACUAUUUGUACACCCUCGGGUUGGAUCGUUAUUUCGUGGAAUAUGUCGUAAGCGAAUGUGACCGCCUUGGAUUCAUCAAAAUUAAUGUUUACUUCAGAAUGGAACUAUUAGGAAAAGGAACAUGCUUGUACCCUGAUCCCUCAUCUCGAAUGACUAUGCUAAUGUUCACAGAAACGGGUAAAUGUCGAUUUAUAAAUCUUGAAACCAUGCAUAUCUACAGAACUGUACAAGGACCAUUGCUACCUAAUGGAGUAACAUAUGUUAAGUCUCUAGCUCUCCCCAAUCAGACGGAAUGCUUGUUAUUUGUAAGCCACAAUGAAAUGGGUUUACUGAAGUGUCCAGUUGAUGGCAAUCCAUAUAAGUGGGUCAGUCAUGCUGCAGUUUCAGAAGAGAUUGAACAAGUAGCUAUUGCAAAUCAUGGUAAAUAUGUAUUCUGCAAAGGAAAAAAUGAAUACAUCACCAUGUGGGAAAUCAAUAUCAUGCCUCUCAAUGCACUUGAAGCUUUGGGUGGAAAAGGUGGUGAUCCAUUUUCGACACUUCUUGCAGCUGAUCCCUGUGCACCUUCUCUAGAGGAUGUUCAGGAAUUGUUUUUCUAUUGCCAGGUGGCUCAUAGGGGUCAAUACAAUGAAAAAGCUUUUGAGUCGUCUGAUGUGAUUGGAGCUUGUGAUGUUCCUUCAGCAUUCCGAGCACUUGGGUACUUCAUGACAGAUUAUGAAGAGGAUUUGCUGGUUGAUGAACUCGUCGGUGAUAGUAACUUGAAUGUUACUGAAGUGGAAGUUUCUUUUGAUAAAUUUAUUCAAACAUUUGUAAACCAUAGGGUCUGCAGAGUGUCAGAAUCAGCUAUGAAAAGUGCUUUCUGUAAUUUGUUCAAAAGAAUUAUACCAGAUUACUGCACAAUUGGUGUGGAAGUACCUGGUGUUCCAAUAGCAGAUUUUCUAUAUUUCUUGGAGAACUAUGGUGAUAAGUUUGAUCCCUGUAAUACUUAUAUUUACUUAAGAGCUUUAAUACAGCCGUUUACAAAACUAAUUGAGGAAGAAAUGUUAAAGAAAAUUGAGUUGGCUAAAGAAUAUCCUUUUGUUGAUAGUAAAUAUUACGAUUUCAUGCCUGAGAUGAUAACCUAUGACUACUUCAAAUGUAUCAUCAUGGGACUGAAGAAAAAUUUCAAUGAAGAAUUUACUGACUUAGGAAAGCCUGUCUUUGUUGCAGAUUAAGUUUUUUCAAGUUGCUAGAAAGGAAAAAAUGUCUAAGGUAUAAAGUAGACAAAAAUCUGUACUGUAGAAUCCGUAUUAUGUGAUGCAAACCAAGUAAAAGAUUAUUAUUU